UGCGAUAUUUUCAUUUACAAAUUCUGAGCCACUUGCACCAACUCCGGUUAAUUUAACCGACUAACUCAACGGAAUCGAUCAAUCGCAUUAGCCAAUUAGCUAAACUGAUCAAUGCAAUUGAUCGAUUCCGUCGAGUUAACCAGUCGGUUAAGUUAAUCGGAGUUUUGUUGCAAGUGGUCCUCUGACUGUCAAUUAUAUAUGCGUUAUUUUACUAAUGGCUCCAUCCGUAAUGCAUAAUCAUAAAUAUGAAUUUGAACGAUAACUUUAUCGGUAAAUUAAAAUUUAGCUACUCUAUCUUUCGGCACAUUGUUUUUGACAUAAAUUUAUCCGUCAAGAGAAACUAAUUUCUGGUUAUAAUGCGUAUAGUUCUCAUACACCGAGGUAUUCAAUGCUGAAAAGAACCGCGUAAUUAAAAAGUGUUUAGUCAUGAUAAAAAAAAUUAAUUUUCACGUCGUCGCGUAGUGACGCAAGCAGAUAGAUUUUGUUGCGAAGUAUUCAUGCAAAAAAGAACAUUCGACAUUCUUGUCCGUGUCUCUUCUUAAUGAAAGAUUCAUUUGGUAUCAGCGUGAGUACUUUAUAGUCUUCGCAUAAUAAAUAACGAUUAAGAAAGCGAAUUAUUCAUUAUUCGUCGGUUUAUGCGAUGUCGAGACCUUGCAUAUCGUGUGCGACAAACAAAAAGUUAUCAGUAUGUAAUACAUCACCGAUAUUUGCGCAUGGGAAAUCCUUUCAUUGGUCUUAUCGCGUUUAAUUCAAUCUGUACUUAGGAGAGGCUGGACUUUAUCAUUUCUUUUUUUUUCUCGUAUUCAGUAUUGAGUGAAAUUAAUCGACGCGAUGAUCAAAGCGUUGGAAAGUCUUGAUCGAAAUCUAUUCGGCGAAUUCCGGUUACGUACACGCGUUGACUUGCCAAUCAGUUGCGAAUGAACUGCCGAGGCGGAAGGUUGUUUCGAGCUGAUCCAACAACUAUUUCGACAGAUUUACAAUUAUCUUAACGCCAACGUCGCGAAAGGGCUUUUGCAAAUCAUGCCGUGUCCAUUCCUUACCCGUUUGCCCGCAAACUACGUACGCAAUUACGGACCGUCAGUGAUAAUGAACUACCGGCAGCAUUGCCCGGUAAUGUCGAAAUUGUUUAGUACAAUGACCGUCGAGCCCCAGCCAAUGCCAGAGUGCAUGGAGAGCCAAUGUCCAUUCUUGUCGAAAAAACCGGACGCUGUGAAGGAGGCCAGCUCGGCAGUGAAGGAAGAUAUCAUCAGUCUGGGUUCCACGGAAGAGCGGAAGGAGGGGGCGCAAUUCCCGUACGAGGAGUUCUUCCACGAGCAGAUCAUGCGGAAGAAGAGGGACCAUUCGUACAGGGUGUUCAAGAAGGUGAACCGUCUGGCUGAAAACUUUCCAGGUGCCAUGGAGUAUUCAUGGGGCGAGAAACCCAUCACCGUGUGGUGUUCCAACGAUUAUUUAGGCAUGUCGCGUCACCCUUCGGUGACUAAUGCGGUGCGCAAGGCUUUGGACAGGUUCGGCGCCGGGGCCGGGGGCACGAGGAACAUCUCCGGCAACUCCAUGGGCCACGAAAUGUUGGAGAAGCGGCUGGCGAAGCUGCACCAGAAGGAUGCCGGGCUACUCUUCACCUCUUGCUUCGUUGCCAACGACUCCACCUUGUUCACUCUAGCGAAAAUUCUACCGGGCUGCCACAUAUUCUCCGACGCCGGAAAUCACGCGUCCAUGAUACAGGGUAUCAGGAACAGCGGCGUGCCGAAGCACAUCUUCCGGCACAACGACGCGCGGCACCUGGAGGAGCUUCUGUCGAAGGUGAACAAGAGCGUUCCGAAGAUCGUGGCGUUCGAGACGGUGCAUUCCAUGACCGGCGACAUCUGUCCGCUGGAGGAGAUGUGCGACGUCGCGCAUAAAUACGGCGCGAUCACGUUCGUCGACGAGGUCCACGCGGUCGGGCUGUACGGCUACUCCGGCGCCGGUAUCGGGGAAAGGGACUGGGUUCUACCCAAGAUGGAUAUCAUUUCGGGCACUUUGGGAAAAGCUUUCGGCAACGUGGGCGGUUACAUCGUUAGCUCGUCGAACCUGAUAGACAUGAUAAGGAGUUACGCAGCCGGCUUUAUUUUUACAACUUCGCUGCCGCCUACCGUGCUGUACGGAGCCUUGACAUCCGUCGAGAUUUUAGCAUCGAACGAAGGCAGAUCGUUGAGGGCGAGUCACCAGAAAAACGUGGCCUACAUGAAGUCUAUUAUUACUGCCGCUGGUCUUCCGUUAGAGCCGUCACCUUCGCACAUCAUUCCUAUAAAGAUAGGAGACCCGCUGCUAUGUAGCCAGAUAGCAGACCAUUUGUUAAGGGAUAAGGGACACUAUGUGCAAGCUAUAAAUUAUCCUACGGUUCCCAAGGGUGAGGAGAAGUUGCGAUUAGCACCGACUCCGAAGCAUACCGAGGCCAUGAUGGAUCAAUUUGUGCGAGACACGUUGGACGUUUUCCAUCGAUUAAAUGUAUCUAAGGUGGGGAUUAAGCAGGACCAAGAGCCACCACGCGCCAUUCUGGUUCAUUGACGAAUGUACAUGAAACUGCAAACAGUCGUCAACGUACAAACAUUAUUUACUCGUGUAAAGAUGUUUAUUUAUAUAGUUUGUUUUUAUCUGUGUUUUUUCGCCGGUAUUUUAAAUUACCGGUAUGAAUCCCACUAUAUAUAUUAUCCAAGUUAACUCAUUAAAAGAGGUUUAAAUAAAAUGUUAACUGAUAACCCAUCAGGCUCUCGUGUA